CAUGGCCAGCGCGCCCCGGCCGGCCGCACCAUGCCGAACAGGGCCGGCCUGGACACCGCGCUGAAGAUGUCCCUGCGGCGGAAAUCCUCCAAGAUCCACUCCUCGGCCGGACCUGUCUGUUCCACCUCGGGCUACAAGAAGGCGGAUGAUGAGAUGUCCGGAGCCACGUCCGCGGCGGAUCUGGACGAGGCACCAGCCCGCACCAUUUACUUGAACCAGCCCCAGCAGAGCAAGUUCCGCGACAACUGGGUCAGCACAGCCAAGUACAGCGUGGUGACAUUUCUACCUCGAUUCCUGUAUGAGCAGAUAAGAAAAGCUGCAAAUGCAUUCUUCCUCUUCAUUGCCUUACUGCAGCAAAUUCCAGAUGUCUCUCCAACAGGAAGAUAUACCACCUUGGUGCCAUUGCUAUUUAUUUUAACAGUUGCUGGCAUCAAAGAAAUCAUAGAAGACUAUAAAAGGCAUAAGGCAGACAGUGCAGUGAAUAAAAAGAAAACAGUAGUUCUAAGAAAUGGGAUGUGGCAGAACAUUAUGUGGAAAGAGGUAGCAGUAGGCGAUAUUGUGAAGGUCACCAAUGGGCAGCAUCUUCCAGCAGACAUGAUCAUAAUAUCUACCAGUGAACCACAAGCCAUGUGCUAUAUUGAAACAGCUAAUCUCGAUGGGGAGACGAAUCUUAAAAUACGACAGGGUUUGUCUCAAACUGCUAGUCUCCAGUCCAGGGAAGAAUUGAUGAAAGUGUCUGGGAGGAUAGAAUGUGAAGGACCCAACCGCCAUCUCUAUGACUUCACUGGAAACUUGCGCUUAGAUGGUCAAAGCCCAGUUCCUGUUGGUCCAGACCAGAUCUUGCUGAGAGGUGCACAACUGAGAAACACUCAGUGGGUCUUGGGUAUUGUUGUGUAUACAGGACAUGACACAAAACUCAUGCAGAAUUCAACCAAAGCACCUCUGAAGAGAUCAAAUGUGGAGAAAGUGACCAACAUGCAGAUCCUGGUUUUGUUCUGUAUUCUCCUGGUAAUGGCCCUUGUGAGUUCUGUAGGUGCCUUAUUAUGGAACAGAACACACGGCGAAGUUGUCUGGUACCUAGGCUCCAACAAAAUGCUGUCUGUCAACUUUGGAUACAAUCUGCUGACGUUUAUAAUCUUGUACAACAACCUUAUUCCAAUCAGCCUUCUGGUGACAUUGGAAGUUGUCAAGUUUACUCAGGCUCUUUUUAUAAAUUGGGACACAGAUAUGUAUUACCCUGAAACAGAUACACCUGCAAUGGCCAGAACCUCAAACCUUAAUGAGGAACUUGGGCAGGUUAAAUACCUGUUUUCUGAUAAAACAGGUACUCUAACAUGCAAUAUCAUGAACUUUAAGAAAUGCAGUAUUGCUGGAGUGACAUAUGGUCACUUUCCUGAGUUGGAAAGAGAACGUUCAUCAGAAGACUUCAGCCAGCUACCUCCUUCCACCAGUGAAUCGUGUGAAUUUGAUGACCCAAGACUGCUGCAAAACAUUGAAAAUCAUCAUCCCACAGCCGUGCACAUAGAGGAGUUCCUCACACUGCUGGCCGUGUGUCAUACUGUUGUUCCUGAGAGACAAGGAAAUACAAUAAUCUACCAGGCCUCCUCUCCAGAUGAAGGAGCGUUAGUGAAAGGAGCAAAAAAACUCGGUUAUGUCUUCACAGGACGGACUCCCCACUCUGUUAUCAUCGAUGCGCUGGGGAAAGAGAAAACCUUUGAAAUCCUUAAUGUGCUGGAGUUUUCCAGCAACAGGAAGAGAAUGUCAGUGAUUGUUCGAACUCCGGCAGGACAGCUACGUCUCUACUGCAAAGGGGCUGAUAAUGUAAUUUUUGAGAGGCUUUCAAAAGAUUCCCAGUAUAUGGAACAAACACUGUGCCAUCUUGAAUACUUCGCAACAGAAGGUCUGAGGACGUUGUGCAUUGCUUAUGCUGAUCUGUCAGAGACGUCUUACAGAGAGUGGUUGAAUGUCUACAAUGAAUCCAGUACGGUUCUGAAAGACAGAACUCAGAAGCUGGAGGAGUGCUAUGAGAUCAUUGAAAAGGAUUUGUUGCUUCUUGGAGCUACGGCCAUUGAAGACCGCCUGCAAGCAGGUGUUCCAGAAACAAUAGCCACACUAAUAAAAGCAGAAAUUAAGAUAUGGAUUCUGACAGGUGACAAACAGGAAACAGCUCUCAAUAUAGGGUACUCUUGCAGACUCAUUUCGCAGAGUAUGUCUCUCAUCCUGGUCAAUGAAGAUUCACUAGAUGCAACAAGAGCUUCUCUGACUCAACAUUGUACCAGUCUGGGGGAGUCACUGGGCAAGGAAAAUGAUAUUGCCCUGAUUAUUGAUGGCCACACACUGAAGUAUGCCCUUUCAUUUGAAGUCAGGCAGAGCUUUCUGGACUUGGCGCUCUCCUGUAAAGCGGUCAUUUGUUGCAGAGUAUCUCCUCUACAGAAGUCCGAAAUAGUAGACAUGGUCAAGAAACACGUCAAUGCCAUAACACUUGCCAUUGGGGAUGGUGCCAAUGACGUAGGAAUGAUCCAGACAGCUCACGUUGGAGUGGGGAUCAGUGGCAAUGAGGGCAUGCAGGCAACCAAUUGCUCGGAUUAUGCCAUUGCACAGUUUUCCUAUUUGGAGAAGCUAUUGUUGGUCCACGGUGCUUGGAGUUACAAUCGAGUUACCAAAUGCAUACUGUACUGCUUCUACAAAAAUGUGGUUUUGUAUAUUAUCGAGCUUUGGUUUGCUUUCGUUAAUGGAUUUUCCGGGCAGAUCUUAUUUGAGCGAUGGUGCAUCGGUCUGUAUAAUGUGAUUUUCACAGCACUGCCACCCUUUACUCUGGGAAUUUUUGAACGGUCGUGUACUCAAGAUAGCAUGCUUAGAUUUCCACAGCUAUACAAAAUCACUCAAAAUGCAGAUGGUUUCAACACAAGGGUUUUCUGGGGUCACUGCAUCAAUGCCCUCAUCCAUUCCAUCAUUCUUUUCUGGUUUCCACUGAAAGUGCUGGAGCAUGAUGCAGUAUUCACAAAUGGACAGGGAGUUGACUAUUUAUUUGUUGGAAACAUAGUUUACACUUAUGUUGUAGUCACUGUUUGUCUGAAAGCUGGCUUGGAAACAACUGCAUGGACUAGAUUCAGUCACCUGGCCGUCUGGGGAAGCAUGGUGCUCUGGCUCGUGUUCUUCGGCGUGUACUCGGCCAUCUGGCCUACGUUCCCCAUCGCGCCCGACAUGCUGGGGCAGGCUGGAAUGGUGUUAAGAUGUGGAUACUUCUGGUUUGGCUUGUUUCUUGUGCCCACUGCGUGCCUUGUUAAAGACGUGGCAUGGACAGCGGCAAAACAUACCUACCGUAAAACGUUGCUGGAGCAAGUUAAGGAGUUGGAAACGAAGACAAGAGAACUGGGAAAAGCCAUGCUUCGUGAUAGUAAUGGAAAGAGCGUGAACGAACGUGACCAUUUGUUAAAAAGGCUCGGCAGGAAAACUCCUCCGAGCCUUUUCCGCGCUCAUUCUGUCCAGCAAAGCGUGUCACAUGGGUAUGCAUUUUCUCAAGAAGAACACGGCGUUGUUUCCCAGUCACAAGUCGUUAGAUCCUACGAUACAACCAAAAGGAGAUCAGAAAUAGAAUAAAUUAUUCUUUACUUGAUGGGUGGUGGGAAUAGUGGGAUUUGGAUCAAUGCAUCCGCUGUUAACACAUUCAUGACUAGGUUUGGCAGCAGCAGCCAAAACACCAGAGAACUCAUUUCUGUGGCCUUAGCCAACAAGUUUCUGUAUUCUCCCUGCAAACCUUGAGUGCAUAUUGUGGGGGGGAGAUCAUUGUUUGACUUCAGUCGCAAAGCUCUGCCUAAAGUUUCGUUUAUGUUGUUAUGAAGCAUUUGACUGUGCUAUGUGAGGUGUGAAAUUAAAAACAAUGUUUUACCACUAUUUAAAACAUCGGCAUAAGGUUGUUCUGGGGGAAAAGUAGAAAAUUUAUGUUCCAUGAGAAAUCAGUCUUUGCUUAAUUGGAACGGGGUGCUGAGAUUUCCUGUUUUGUUACACACAGACCAAGUGCACACGACUGCAUGCAGACUUUACUCCUUCUUGUAUUCACUGUUAAUUAAUUUGGCUGAAAUUUUCAACAGACCAUUUGGUGUAAAAAUUUUUGAUUGCAACACAGUUUGUAGCUAAAAAUGCUUAUUUGCCUUCUUAUGACAGAAUAACACAAGAUAGCAAUCAAUUACUUAGACUAUUUGCCCUCUUACAGGAUUUAUUAGGGUUCUAUCAUAGCUUUCUGAAACCCAAAUAAUAGCUUACUCACACAGCCAGGAUGUGGAAGUCAGAGCUUGGCAGAGCAGCUGUCUUGAGUGCAUGGCAUUGUACACCAAGAUGAACUCAACUAGGUGCCUCCUCAUAACGCUUCAUGAUGUAUUUGGAUGUGCACUUCAAGUGUAGCCUGGGACUUCCCUCCAUGACCCCAUUCCCAGUUUAAUAGUAGAAUAAAACAGUGAGAAUUUCAAUUUAUAGGUACCAUCUGG